AUGGUACAAAAGACUGUGCUCGUCACGGGUGCGAACGGAUAUAUAGGGUUUGCGGUGUGCAAGGCUUUCUGCCUCGCUGGAUGGAAAGUCUUCGGCCAGAUGCGCUCCGGCCGGAGCGCCCAAGAUUUCCUCAAGGAAGAGAUCACCCCGAUCGUCACGCCCACCCAGGAGAUAUACGCCUCCUUCUCCGCAACCCUCCCCUCCAUCGACGUGGUUGUUACGUGCUGUGAGGAUCUGGUCGACUACGAAGCCCAUCACAGACGUCGUCUUGCGAUGAUCAGGAAGGUGUGUCAAGCCUCGUUCGCCGAUCGCGGCGAGAAGCCUCUUGUCAUUUUCAGCAGCGGCUGUAAAGACUAUGGCAUGGGUCUACGGCAUCAGCAGAUCGGUCUGGCGCCGCAUACGGAAGAGAGCGCGCUCAAUCCUCCGCCGCUCCUUGUCCCACGAACUGCCGCUGCUCGGCAGAUGUUCAGCUUCUCCAGCGAAUUCGAUUGCAUCGUAACCCGUCCAACCACGCUCUUUGGGCGCUCGUCGAGUUACUAUUCAUACAUCUUCGCCCUAGCGGAGCAGGCAAAGAUCAAGCAUGAGGGUGUAUUGACCCUGCCGGAGCGACCGGACUCGAUCCUGCACGGAACGCAUAUCGAUGACUGCGCGGCAGCGUACCUGAACCUCGCGACGUCGCCGCGCAAGCUCGUAGCAGGCCAGGCGUACAACAUUUCUAGCCAUCGAUAUGAGACGCUCGGUGAGAUCGCCCUGGCUAUCGAGCAGAGUCACGGCAUCCAGGUCAAAUUCCGAGACCCCGAGCCUGGAGAUGCGGAACUCUAUGGCGUCUUUAUCCUGUCGGUCUUCAAUUUUCCACAGUGGGUAAGCUCCGACAAGUUGCGUAGGGACACAGGCUGGACCGACAACAAGCCGCUAUUCCAUGAAGGGUACGAGACAUAUCGCCGGGCUUACGAGGCCGCAGCUGGACAGGACACAGAACAGGUACAGAGGGUCAUGGAUAAGGCCAAAGGGAUGUUCACCCACGGAGGGUCGUAG